AGAGGCUUCAAAGUGGAGAGGAUUAGGAUCCAGAUAAGCAAUAGCAGUGGAUAUAUAACCAUGUAUAUCUUAGUAUAUAGUAUUCCAUGCACUUUUUUGGACUGCUAUCAGCCCCAAUCAUUUUGCUUAUGCACAUACUAAAGAGAGUUUUCAAAAGCUGGCCUAUAUCUGCACUGCUUUCUGCCCACUUGCCUUUAAAACUAGAGAGUGGAAUUGAGGUGCAAACAAAAUGUGUAGUAUCACUGUAAAAUUGGUCUCAACUUUGCACAUCCUCUUGCUGUUUCUUCCUUUCCUCAUGUCAGCACAUGACACAAACAAAAACAAAGGUUGCAACAACAACAAUAGCCAAGUAGACAAAACAACAUCAGUGACAACCCCAUGUCCAAAAUCAACAACAGUUCAAGCAACAAAAGCUAAAACAAAUGCUUUGGUAUUUGCAGAUCAAAGACUUGCAGUAGUGUACCCAGUGAUCCAAAAAUUCAAGUCCACUAUCACUUCAGAUCCCUUAGGAGUAACCAAAUCAUGGGUAGGCUCAGAUAUAUGCAGCUACAGAGGAUUUUUCUGUGAUAACCCACCAGGAAACAACUCUGCUAUUGCUCUGGCUUCAGUUGACUUCAAUGGUUUCCAGCUCAGUGCUCCUUCCCUUGAUGGGUUUCUCGAUAAACUCCCUGAUAUUGCUCUCUUCCAUGCAAAUUCCAACAAAUUUUCAGGCACAAUUUCCCCUCAAAUCACCAAGCUCCCUUAUCUGUAUGAGCUUGAUGUUAGCAACAACAAACUUUCUGGUCCAUUUCCCAAUUCUGUUCUAGGCAUGAAAACUUUGACAUUCUUGGAUAUCAGGUUUAAUUUUUUCUCUGGGGCAGUCCCACCACAGAUUUUCACACAGGACCUUGAAGUUCUCUUCAUCAAUGACAACCUUUUCACUCAGAAUUUACCUGAUAAUCUUGACAACACUCAUAUUCUCUUGCUCACUUUGGCAAACAACAAGUUCAAGGGUCCAAUUCCUAGAAGCCUUCCAAAAGCACUUUCAACUCUCACUGAAGUGCUUUUUCUGAAUAACCAGCUCACAGGUUGUUUGCCUUAUGAGAUUGGGUUCCUUCAAGAGGCCACAGUGUUUGAUGCUGGAAAUAACCAGUUAACAGGUCCUUUACCAUUUUCUUUGAGUUGUCUUGAGAAAGUGGAGCUUCUCAAUUUGGCUGGUAAUCUUUUGUUUGGGAUGGUGCCAGAAGUGGUGUGUGGAGAGUUGGGGAAUUUGGUUAACUUUUCACUGUCAGAUAACUAUUUUACCAAUGUGGGGCCUCUGUGUAGGAUCUUGAUUCAGAGAGGAGUUCUUGAUGUUAGAAACAAUUGUGUUCCUGAUCUUCCAUUUCAGAGAUCAGUGGUUGAGUGUGCAGAUUUCUUUGCACACCCUAGGAUGUGUCCCUUCAUGUGGUCUCAUAGUUUCAUCCCUUGUCAGCUUCCUUUUCAUCAAAACUCCCCAGCUACUUCAAUUCCUUAGAUUAUCCUUCUCCUUUAACGUGUUUGGUUCCACAGUGAAAUGCUGAAGAAUCAUUUCCGAUCAAAACCUAGAAGUCUUAGCUUCUGAGUAAACGUGUAUUGAAUUAUGUGUAAAUCAUGAAACCAAACAAGGCAUUUGGGUUGCAAUUCUUUAUCUUCCUUUUGUUUUGUUUCCCCUUCUUCAUUGUAAUGUAUAAUUUGUACUGAACUUUGUGAUUGUCUAAUAAUUUCUGCACUUGAUGUCAA